CUGCAAGGCCGAGAGGUCCUGUUGUAGCAAUAUGGAGAUACACAAUCUGAGGGCAGGUGCUCGGCGGUAAGUAUAUAGCUGUAUGUCUCCUUCCAUCUGAGCAGGGUAUCCCAGCAUCUACCUCAAUCACCGACUCGAGCUCUCAGCCCUUCCAACAAGUCAUUGUUGAUAAGGUAGCCUAACUAGUCUCUCACCCUACUCUGGACGCACCUCCAACACAAUGACACUCAUCCGGGAUCUCGUACUGGCUCUUGCCACACUCGCCACAUCGUCGAAUGCUCUCUGCCUACCACGCAGCGAGGACUCAAAGCCAGCACUGCCACUGAGCAAGAUCUCGAAUACCGGCUCAACACCUCUUCCCGUCCCCUCCAAAGACCCCAAAGCCAUCAUCCUAGGCCUCGGGUUCCAAAACUACACCUGCUCCUCCUCAUCUUCCACUUGGGUCCAAUCUACGAUCCAAGCCGGCGCCAUCGCCGACCUCUACGACAUCACCUCAAAGACAACAUCCAACACCGGCGACAGAUACAGCAAAUCCUCCCUCAAAGCUUUCGAAACCUGCCUCAAAGUAACAAAAUGCACUCCCACCACCGCCAACGGCUUCUGCGAUCGUUGCCACACAAUCAGCAGCGCCGCCUUCGCCUCCAAACGUGUCGGAGAACACUACUUUGAUCAAAUCAACGGCCUGCAGAUGCCAAAUUUCGCUCUUGACACGCUGAAAUGCUUCUUCUCGGGCAAGAAAGGCGGAGGCGUCAAAGCCCCUGCGAACGCUUACAAAGGGGCCAACGGUCUCGGUGCUGUCGACUGGCUCUACCUCGUCGACAACAACUCCGGACGAACUAAGGGAAUGACCAGCGUGUAUCGUGUUGAGACUGCCGGCGGCGUGGCACCUUCGAGCUGUUCGACACCUGGCAGCGCGAUGCAAGUUCCUUACGCCACGGAGUAUUGGUUCUACGACUAAUUGACAACGAUGCGCUGCGAUUGUUCAUUUGAUUUCACUUCUUACUAUACUUUGUACAUAAUUCUUGAGACACGGCCAGAAGAAUACCCACAGAUCAUGGCGGGCAAUUGAUUUUCGGACAGAUCACGACCAAGACAGACAGACAGCUAGACAGACAGACAGACAGUUCAUGAGAACGAGAUCACGGAACGGCAAAACGGCAUAUUUCGGCAGAAGGAUGCAUAUACGACGAAGGGUAGCGAAAAGCAGGGCGUUUUCUCUGUUGGUGGCUGAUGAAGAUAGACGAAUGAAAUGCGACCAACAUAUAUUCCAAAGC